AGCAAGCCCACAGUAGCUAUGCUAUCAUCGCCAAUCCACCACUACCACCAAGAGGAAGAACCACAAACAAGCUAGAUGAACAAAAAAUGAGGGUGAGCAAGCCAUCCGCGCAAAAAGCGCUCCCAUAAUCCUAACAACCUACCAAAAAGUGCAAAAAAACACUUCUAACAACCACCUAAUACCAAAGUGCAUUGCCAAGAAAAAACACGCAAGUGGCCGAGUGACAAAGGUCGACGGUGGAGGAAUGACGGCAGGGAAAAGCAACGGAGGAAGAAAGGGGCAUAAAAGUCUAGAUUUGAGACGAGCUCAGAAAAACUAGAAAUUAAGCUGAUGUAGUGUUCACUUCAAUCUUAAACUUCGGCCAAAAAUUACUUAACAUGUACAUGUUCAAAGUCCAAGCACUCCCAUCGGCUCAGCUGAGCAACCGCAUCUUCCACCGUCCAUUUCAAUCCUCACCCGAUUUCUACACAAAUCUGUUCGAAAUCUACGCUCGUGAUCGACAGUUGCACUCUGCAAGAGCACUCCACGCCCAUUUGAUCACCAAUGGGUUGGCCAGUUUGACCCGUUUUGCCUCCAAGCUCAUAGCUUUGUAUGUUUCUUGUGGCCAAAUAGUCCAUGCCCGCAAACUGUUCGACAAAAUUCCCCAGACGAAUAUCCGCCGCUGGUUUGCUCUCAUCGGGGCCUGUGCUCGUUGUGGGUUUUAUCAGCAGGCAAUGGGUGUGUUCUGUGAGAUGCAGAGAGAGGGUUUAAGGCCGAACAAGAUUGUUAUUCCCAGUGUUUUGAAAGCCUGUGGGCACCUCUCGGAUGUUAAAACCGGUGAGAAACUUCACGCUGUGGUCCUCCGGUUCUCGUUUGAAUUUGAUGUUUUCGUUAGUAGUGCUCUCGUUGUUAUGUACGCAAAGAACGGGUGUGUAGAGAAGGCGCAUUGGGUGUUUGAUACGAUGGUGGAGAAAGAUUUGGUGGCUUUGAAUGCUAUGGUUUCGGGGUUUGCUCAACACGGGUUGGCUAGAGAAGCAUUGUGUUUGGUGGAGAAAAUGCAGCUGGAGGGGAUAAAGCCUAAUUUGAUAACUUGGAACAGUUUGGUUGCUGGGUUUUCACAGAAGGGUGACGGAGCAAUGGCGUCUAAGCUUUUUAAGAUGAUGCGCGAUAAUGGAAUUGAUCCUGAUGUGGUAUCUUGGACUUCAAUUAUAUCCGGGUGUGUGCAGAAUUUUCAGAACGAUAAGGCUUUUCGAACAUUUAAGCAAAUGUUGGGUCAUGGAUUGUAUCCAACUUCGAAUACAAUUAGUAGCCUCUUGCCUGCAUGUGCGGGUGUGACAAAUGUGAAGUCCGGAAAGGAGAUUCAUGCUUACGCUUUGGUGAUAGGAGUCGAACAAGAUGUGUAUGUUCGGAGUGCUCUUGUUGACAUGUAUGCAAAAUGCGGAUUCAUAUUUGAAGCGAAGGCUUUGUUUCGUAAGAUGUCUGAAAGGAACACAGUAACAUGGAAUUCGAUGAUUUUUGGAUACGCGAAUCAUGGAUAUUGCAACGAAGCAAUUGAGCUUUUCAACCAGAUGAAGCUGGAAGACGAUAAGAAACUCGAUUACCUGACUUUCAUAGCAGUUCUCACAGCUUGUUGUCAUGCUGGAAUGAUUGAACUUGGAGAAAGCUUGUUCAAUCUGAUGCAGGAAGAGUAUGGGAUUGUGCCAAGACUAGUACAUUAUGCAUGUAUGGUUGAUCUUCUAGGUCGAGCAGGGAAACUCACCGAGGCUUAUGAUAUGAUUAAGGCAAUGCCGAUGGAGCCAGAUUUGUUCGUAUGGGGAGCGUUAUUAGGAGCAUGUCGGAAUCAUGGGAAUAUAGAUCUAGCUGAAGUAGCUGCAACGCAUUUGUCAGAGGUAGAGCCGGAGAGUGCAGGAAACAGUCUGCUACUGUCAAGUCUAUAUGCUGGUUCUGGCAAUUGGGCGAACGUUGCAAGGUUGAAGAAAAUGAUGAAAAGAAACAAGUUAGGGAAACUUCCGGGAUGCAGUUGGAUGGAAACUGCCUGAUACAUGAGGAGGCCUUUGAAGGAAGAUUUUGACGAAAUUCUAAGGCAAGUCAUCGAAACUAAUUCCGGAGUCCUUUCAUCACACUUUCUUUGCCGGAGCUAUGUUGAAAUUUUCUGUUCCCGAGGAGGGAGGGAAGCCGGAUAAUAGUGAGAAUGAUAACUUCCUCCUUGUCGCUUUCUAAAUCUAAGUGUAGAUGGCUCUCGUCUAAGUAUGUGGCCUCCAUUUCCGCCAGAGGUCGUUUUUAAGGAUUCUUCCGGGAAUUGGAUUGCAGGCUUCACUUCCAAUCUUGGCAAAAGAAGUUAUUGUUGCCGAGGCUAUGAACUUGACAGAGACAAAUCUUCCUUCGC